AUGCGGGAUCUGCCUCCAUCACCGUCGUCAACGGCGACCUCGUCCUCGGCUGAAAAGUAUCGUCGGCCGAAAAUCGGCGAGAAGUUUGCGGAGAGAUCAAUAUUUACUGCAUUAAGAGGGAAAUCCUGUCCGAUCUGCCUCGAAAAUCUAACCGACCGACGAGCCGCCGUAAUCACGGCGUGCAAGCACGGCUAUUGCCUCGCCUGUAUCCGAAAAUGGAGCGGCUUCAAGAGGAAUUGUCCUCUCUGCAACACUCGAUUCGAUUCCUGGCUUAUCGUCUGUGAUAUUGCUUCUAGAAAGUACCACAAGGAGCACUUGCCAGCUCUCCGUGAUGAUCGUCGGGAUAAUCCUUCCGGUCGCCGGAGGAUAAUUCCGAGGUCAAGAGACGUUUUGGAAUCUUCUAGCUCAAGAAGGUCAAGGCCAUUGCCAUGGCGGAGAUCAUUUGGACGGCCAGGCGAAGUUCCCGAUGAUAUUAUCUAUGAGCGGAAGCUUCGGUGGCGAGCUAGCAUAUACAAUAGGCAAUCAAGAGCUGUUCGUUUGCAUUCAAGGCCAAGCUUGGAACUUGUGAACGAUCAGGCGAAAGCAAGGAUCAUUGAAAGAAUCGAGCCAUGGAUUAGAAGAGAGAUUCAGGCAGUCCUUGGAGAUCCUGAUCCAUCAAUCAUUGUUCAUUUGGCGUCGGCGCUUUUCAUCAAGAGGCUUGAGAAAGAGAAGAAUCAACAAUCUGUGGAAGAUGAAGUCUCCUCUCUCAGAAAAUUCUUGUUUGAUAAGGAGGAUUUAUUUUGGCAUGAACUAAGAUGUUACGCUGAGAGUAGUCUGAGGAUGGAGACGUAUGAUGCAGUGGUUGAAUACAAUGAGGUGGAGUAA